GGGCGCGGAGCGCAGCGGGGCUCGGCGACCUGCGCCCCGGCGCGGGGCCUGGCAGCGGUGGCCUCGGUCCCUUCCCCGGGCGAUCUGCAGACCCAGGGGAAAUUCCAGCCUUGAUGGAAGCUCAGCCGGGAGUUUGGGCCGGCACAGGGCCGGUGGAGAAGGGCGAUCUCUGUGUCCUUUUGACUCCCCGGCGUUAAAAGUGCGGAACGCCAAGACUGCAGUCAUGACGACCCACGUGACCCUGGAAGAUGCCCUGUCCAACGUGGAUCUGCUGGAGGAGCUGCCCCUGCCCGACCAGCAGCCAUGCAUCGAGCCCCCGCCCUCCUCCAUCAUGUACCAGGCGAACUUUGACACCAACUUCGAGGACAGAAAUGCAUUUGUCACCGGCAUCGCCAGGUACAUCGAGCAGGCGACAGUCCACUCGAGCAUGAAUGAAAUGCUGGAGGAAGGACACGAGUACGCGGUCAUGCUCUACACCUGGCGCAGCUGCUCGAGGGCCAUCCCGCAGGUGAAAUGCAACGAGCAGCCCAACCGCGUGGAGAUUUACGAGAAGACGGUGGAGGUGCUGGAGCCCGAGGUCACGAAGCUCAUGAAGUUCAUGUACUUUCAGCGCAAGGCCAUCGAGCGGUUCUGCAGCGAGGUGAAGCGGCUGUGCCACGCCGAGCGCAGGAAGGACUUCGUGUCCGAGGCCUACCUCCUGACCCUGGGCAAGUUCAUCAACAUGUUCGCCGUCCUGGACGAGCUCAAGAACAUGAAGUGCAGCGUCAAGAACGACCACUCGGCCUACAAGAGGGCAGCCCAGUUCCUCAGGAAGAUGGCCGACCCCCAGUCCAUCCAGGAAUCACAGAACCUCUCCAUGUUCCUGGCCAACCACAACCGGAUCACACAGUGUCUCCACCAGCAACUGGAGGUGAUCCCAGGGUACGAGGAGCUGCUGGCCGACAUCGUGAACAUCUGCGUGGAUUACUACGAGAACAAGAUGUACCUGACGCCCAGCGAGAAGCACAUGCUGCUUAAGGUGAUGGGCUUCGGCCUCUAUCUGAUGGAUGGGAACGUCAGCAACAUUUACAAGCUGGAUGCCAAGAAGAGAAUCAACCUUAGCAAAAUCGACAAGUUCUUCAAGGUCAGCCGCUAGCUGGGGCUG